AUGGAGGUCAUGGUGGCCGAUGCAGGCAAUAAGGGGGGAGCGCGUAAACUGGUUAUUUCCACAACUAUGGGAGGACCUAUGACCAAGAAGUUCGCGCAGGUUCUUCUGUCUCCUCGCAAGCGUCUGCAAACCAAACCAGUAGGUAACCGUAAGGGAGGAGGAUCUAAACCAGGAGAGGUGAGGAGUGUGGUCAUUGCAAAACCAAGCUUAAAAUACUUCAUGGAUUUAAAACCUGCAAGAGACAAGCUCUACGGCACUAUAGGUAUGGAAUUGUUGGGUUUUGGUUUACGGAUGUUUGGUUGGGGAAAACUUCUGCAAGGGUUGUGUCCCAGGGAAGGUAUCAUCGGUUUUCUCUCCCAAAGCGUUUAUGCUUUAAGUGGGGAGGAGGAAAAACUGAAAUGGCAUUGGAGUAUGGAGUGUAUGGAUUCUAAGAUACCGAGCUCUCAGUGGCCUAUAUGGUCUCGGAUUUGGUUUCCGGUACAAACCUUGAUAGCCUCUUGCCAAUAA